CGAAGAAUAUUAAACUCCGAAGAAGGGGAGCAGUCAAAGCUGCUAAGCCCGCGAGCUGGCCAAUCGAUAAAUUUUGAGUCUAUAGAGCAGGCGGCUGAAGCAGCUGGGGACUUGAUUUUGGAAUUCCUUUGUCCACUCCUGGCAUCCGGCGACGUUUCUCCAGACCGAGCAGAUCAGAAGGUGGAGAGAAAGAUGAAUUGGGUUCAGCGCAAAAUCUACCUCUACAACGUUACGUUUGGGCUCUACAUGCUUGAUUGGUGGGAAAGAUUCCUCUUCAAUACUUUGGUGGUUGUGUUGAUGUGGUUUGUUUGUUACAAUGGGUUCCGGUAUGCGUCGGAGUUCAGCAGAAGGCUGUUAGAGUGAGACGUCAUAGUGCUGGACCCUCGAAACCUGGCCAUAGCCUGAACACUACGUGUGAGCUUGGUUAUAUCAUUUCUUCUCCUUUUUUCUCCGGGGCAAUGCCUUUUCUAGUUAAUAUGUAAGUUCAUAGAAGCUUUGUGACAUUCUACAGCAAUCUCUUCAGUACAAAUGCUACGUGCCUUUCUCUAUUCUUUGUUCGACUGCAGAGCUCUUAUGUUCUUGAACUAGUUCAAUAUGCAUAGUGUGAUUUGGAUAUGAUGAAUGCAUUGCUUUGGCUUCAAUAGAUGAAAAUUUUGAAUCAUUCAGAUGAUAUUAUAA